AUGUCUGGAAACGAUGAUGGCGCAGGUACAACGCUUACAGCGUUCAGACGUCGACGAACGGGGACGAGGAAGGGUGUGGCCGAGGCAAGCCGAAAAAGAGUGGCCGAGUCAAAUUCAUCGGAUAGUGCCGGUGAGGGUGGUGUUGGUGGUGUGGUGAAAACAGCUACAGCGACUCGAAAGCGACGAAAAAAUCCGAUGAUACAGUCGGUAUGCUUUAGCAAAUUAUCAUAUUGA